AUGUCGUGCCGCCAGUCCGUGCUCGCCAUCGACUUGGACCCCGCGCAAUUGCCAGGUUUGUGUCCCUACAUCCGCGGUCCGUACUCGUCCAUGUACGCGGCCGAGCUGUGGACCGUUCGCCAGUACGCCGGUUUCUGUACCGGCCGAGGAAUCGAACGCCUUUUAGCGCUUGGUCGCAGGGCAACAAGGGCUGAGUGUCGCGUUCGAUUUGGCGACCCAUCGCAGGUCUUGAUUGACGGCAUCCCACUCGACAAAAUGUCCGUGUCCAUGACUAUGAACGGCGCCGUGCUGUCCAUCCUGGCCAUGUACACCGUGGCGGCGGAAGAGCAAGGCGUGGAUCAAAAGUUACUCGCUGGCACGAUCCAAAACGACAUUCUGAAGGAAUUUAUGAUCCGCUCUUCCCACCGCAGCCGUCCAUGCGUAUCAUCCAGUUGUUUGGUGCACCUUGAUAUCUUUGGGUACAAGUUGGAGUGCAUGCCCAAGUACAAUUCGAUCUCGAUUUCGGGGUACGACGUGCAAGAAGCAGGCGCUUGGAACUCGCGUUUACUAUUGCCGAUGGCAUCGAGUACGUGCAUGCUGCCGUGGCCGCGGGCCUGGACGUCGCCCCGCGCUUGUGGUUUCUUCUUUGCGAUCGGCAUGAACUUUUACAUGGAGGUCUUGAUUGACGGCAUCCCACUCGACAAAAUGUCCGUGUCCAUGACUAUGAACGGCGCCUACACCGUGGCGGCGGAAGAGCAAGGCGUGGAUCAAAAGUUACUCGCUGGCACGAUCCAAAACGACAUUCUGAAGGAAUUCAUGGUCCGCUCUUCCCACCGCAGCCGUCCAGGAUACCUUUGUGUACAAGUUGGAGUACAUGCCCAAGUACAAUUCGAUCUCGAUUUCGGGGUACGACGUGCAAGAAGCAGGCGCUUGGAACUUGCGUUUACGAUUGCCGGUGGCAUCGAGUACGUGCAUGCUGCCGUGGCCGCGGGCCUGGACAUCGCCCCGCGCUUGUGGUUCUUCUUUGCGAUGGGCAUGAACUUUUACAUGGAGGAGACCAAAAAGAACUGUGAUGAAACAGAGGCGGAAGGCGUGUACAACGACGUGCUGGCGGAAGUGGAGCUGUUUGCCGAGCGCCAGGGCGGCUGCUUGUGGCCAAGAUGGGUGAGUACGACCGAGGGGCCAAGGUGA